GGCAUGCUGGAACGGGGUAAGGUUGUAUGUAGAGAGUCCACAUGCACGUCUUUCUAUUCUCUUGAUGAACCUUGGCUCUGCAAGGAACAGGCGUGAUGUAAUGUAAUGAAGGCUGUAUGAAGGAGAAGCUUGAAGAUGAGCCGCUUCCGAUGACCCUUAAAUAGGGCUAUCCGUCUUCGCGACGAUCUUGUGGGGGGAUCUCUCUUACUCCUGCGGAUCUCCAACAUCUCCCUGCUGCAGUCAAGAUGGGUCGUGUUUCGUUUCUUGUUUCGUUGCUAUCUGCGACUACUUGCGCCCUCGGUGCAGAGUGGAUCGGCGAGGUGAAAGGGGAUUAUCAAUGCAAAUGUUAUUCAGACAAUGCGUGCUGGCCAAAGACGGCAGACUGGUCAGCUCUGAAUGCAACUGUUGAUGGCAAGCUUCAAGUUGCUAUUCCUCCUGGUGCCGUCUGCCACAAAGCACUUGAGAACAGCGCGCCGGGCAAUCAAACGAAUGCUGCGAUUGCCACAUACAAUCAGGCAGCUUGCUCGCAAGUCCAGGCGAACUGGGUGAAUGAACAAUAUCUAACAGAUCACCCAAUUGCAAAUCUGUGGCCAUUGUACACCAACAACACUUGCUUGCCAACUGACAACCCCGAUGCCCUUUGCACUCGUGGUUUCUACGGAGAAUACGUGAUUCUUGCGACGAAGAAGGAGCAUAUCAAGGCGGGUGUCGAUUUCGCCAGGGAGAAGAACUUGCGUCUUAUCAUACGCAACACUGGCCAUGAUUUCAUGGGUCGCAGCACGGGAUACGGAAGUCUCAUCAUCAAUACCCAUAGCUUCAAGGAGGCCACUUUUUCGAAGACAUAUAGCGGACCUGGGAAUUGGAGUGGUUCAGUUGCAACUGUUGGCGCGGGUGUUCAAGGCCGAGAGCUGUAUCGUCAAGCUUUCAAGCAGGAGCCCCCGGUGGUCAUUGUAGGAGGAGAAUGCCCUACUGUUGGAUGGGCUGGAGGUUACAUCCAGGGAGGUGGACAUGGGCCCCUCACUUCGAUUUACGGCAUGGGGGCAGACAACGUCCUCUCAUUUGAGGCCAUCACUGCUGCUGGUGAAUACGUCACUGCCAACGCUGAAAAGAAUCCGGAUCUUUUCUGGGCGCUGAAGGGUGGCGGUCCUUCUACGUUCGCGGUCGUUACAUCGAUCACCGUCAAGACAUUCCCUGAAGUUCCUGUAGCCGGCACUAUCCUCAAUAUUAACGCUACCCACACCAACGACACUAAGGUCUUCAAUGAAGGCUUCCAUAUCUUCCAUAACCUCUCGAACCAUUACACUGAUCAUGGAAUGUUCGUUUACUUCGAGCUCAGCACCGGCCGCUUGCACAUUGCACCCUUCGUCGGUCCUAGAAUGGACGAGGCAAAGGUCAAGUCGGUCCUGAAGCCGCUCUUUGAUGCGCUGGAUGCUGCUAAGAUCCCAUAUGACGCUUACACCAGAGCUUUCCCUACGUUCUUUGAGUUCUACAUUGACAUGUUCGAAGAUGAGCAGCCUAAUCAGAACUCUGUGGUUGGUGGACGUCUCUUCACACAAAAGGACAUUGCGGAGAGGAGUGAGCAGAUUUCCGAGGCAUUGCUCUUUGCCAACCAGCCUGUUCCGGACACUGCUGGGUUCUCUGUCGGUCAUAUUGUAAACCCAGGUUACGGUGUGCCCGUGGUUGAUAAUGCCAUUCAUCCGAAGUGGCGAAAUGCUAGCAGCUUCGUCAUUACCAAUCUUCUUAUGGUUGGAGAUGAGGGCUGGGCGACGAAGCAACUUCGAAACGAGCAGCAGACCAACAUUGUUGGCAAGGCCUUGAGGGAAGCUGGCCCGGACGGCGCUACAUACGUUAAUGAGGGCGACCUUUACGAGCCGAACUGGCAAGAGUCAUACUGGGGCUCCAACUACGCCAGGCUGCUUGAGCUUCGUAAGAAGUGGGAUCCUACUGGCGUCUUCUAUACACAAACGACUCCAGGAACGGAAAACUGGGAGGUCAUCGAUUUUGGUACCAAACUUUGCAAGAAGGUGACUUGAGUGGGUUAUGGUGGUUUGGACGAUGCAUGAAUAAACGGUCGAACUGUGUCAUAUAUAGCUUCAUAUAUAUAUACAAAUUAGGUCAAUACGAC